AUGCCCUCUGUUUCUGGUGCUGCAUCCUUGGAAGAAGUUCCUUCUCCUUGCACAUCUGUAGCUCACCCAACAAACACAGAAGUCUCUUGUACUAAAGUAUCUUCAAGUGUGCGUCAGGCUACAGCAGCUGUGACCAGUGGUGACAGGUUAUCUGCUGAUGGUGAAGAUAAGGAUGAAUCAUUCACUGAGACUCAGCUGGAGAACACAGACGAGACUACUGAUGAGACGAAGUGGAUCCGUCCUGAUUUGCCCAGCAGAUGUACUUGGAAGCUGGGCGCGCCCAUGUCAGAGUCGCCUCAUAGCCACUCAGCACGCACCAAGCCCUCCAGCAUCCUCCCCAGCAUCCUUGAGAAAAUUGGACACACACCUCUGGUUCGCUUGAACAAAAUCCCCAAAGAGUUUGGGCUCAAGUGUGAUAUCUUGGCCAAGUGUGAGUUCUUCAAUGCAGGAGGCAGUGUGAAAGACAGGAUUGCCCUGUGCAUGGUGGAGGACGCGGAGAGAGCCGGGGUCCUUAAACCAGGAGACACCAUCAUCGAGCCCACCUCUGGAAACACGGGUAUUGGCCUCGCCCUCAUAGCUGCAGUAAAAGGCUACCAUUGCAUCAUUGUGAUGCCUGAGAAGAUGAGCAUGGAGAAGGUGCAUGUCCUGCGAGCUCUCGGGGCAGAAAUUGUCCGCACACCCACAGCUGCAGCUUUUGAUUCACCAGAGUCUCAUAUACGUACGGCCUGGCGUCUGAAGAACGAGAUCCCCAACUCGCACAUCCUCGACCAGUAUCGCAAUGCAAGCAACCCCCUGGCUCACUAUGACACCACGGCUGAGGAGAUACUGGAGCAGUGUGAUGGUAAAUUGGACAUGUUGGUGGCCGGAGCCGGCACGGGCGGCACACUCACUGGUGUUGCUCGAAAGUUAAAGGAAAGAUGUCCAAAUGUCAAGAUAGUCGGUGUGGAUCCUGAAGGCUCUGUUCUGGUUGGCUCAGAGGAGAAAAGUGAAAAGGUUUCAUUUGAAGUGGAAGGUAUUGGAUAUGACUUCAUCCCCACAGUACUGGACAGAUCUAUUGUGGAUAUUUGGUACAAAUCAACCGACACAGAAACGUUCCUUAUGUCCCGCAAACUGAUCAGAGAGGAGGGUCUUUUGUGCGGUGGCAGCUCUGGCUCAGCGAUGGCAGCAGCUGUGAAGAUGGCUCAGCAGCUGGAGGAGGGGCAGCGCUGUGUGGUCAUCCUGCCUGACUCUGUCCGCAACUACAUGUCAAAGUUCCUGAGGGAUCAGUGGAUGUGUGAGAAAGGCUUCCUCUGCUUGGACGCUCAAAUGGACCCAAAACCCUGGUGGUGGAACCGGACUGCUCAGAGUCUACACCUGUCUGCCCCCCUCACUGUCACACAUUCUGUGUCCUGCCAGAAAACCAUUGAGAUCCUAAAGGAGAACUCACUGGAUCAGGCACCAGUCGUCACUGAGUCAGGGGCCAUCCUGGGAAUGGUGACUCUGGAAACCAUUCUGUCUUCUCUGUUGGCGGGGAAGGUUGAACUUUCAGCUGCUGUUAGCACGGUGCUCCUCAAAGACUUCAAACAGGUGCACCUGACAGACAACCUGGGGAAGCUUUCCCAUAUCCUCAAAACUGAUAACUUUGCCCUGGUGGUUCACAAUCAUACGCAAUACGGGGUCGAUGGGUCGGCCCUCCAGAGGCAGAUUUUAUUUGCCGUCGUGACAGCGAUUGACCUUCUCUCCUACAUCACCACACACGAGGGGCAGGACCGCAACCAUCAAAGUCAGGCGGUGUAA